AUGAGCACCCCAACCACCAAAACCAUCACAUUCUUCCACAAUCCCAAAUGCUCCACUUCCCGCAACGCCCAAACCCUCCUCACCUCCGCCUCAACAACCUCCCAAUCAACUCUCUCCCCCUUCACCAUCGAAACUAUCGAGUACCUCAAGACCCCCCUCAGCCGUGACCAAGUCCGUGAGAUCUUGACCUUCCUUGAAGCCGAGGAGCAUCCAGAAGUUAUCAAGGAGUUCUUGAGAAAGGACGCGCCCAAGGCAGGAACUAUUGAGGAGGCCCAGGACGUGUUGGAGAACGAUCCCGCUAUGCUGCAGAGACCGCUGGUUGUUGAUUGGAAUGCCAAGAAGGCUGUCAUUGGACGCCCCGCCGAGGCUGUGCUCGAAAUCAUCUAG